GUGGGAGAGUUUAGAAUUUUUCUUUGAAUGCCAGACACUUGUGGAUAUUAAGCAAGCCUUUAGCUUCAUCGACGACGGAAGAAGAAGAGUGAGAACUGCAAUUGAAAACUGAAACCCUAACAAUGGCAUUCGAGAUGCCCCUGGAUCAGAUAAAGCAAUUACAGAUCCUUCUCCGUGAAAAGGCCAGUCUCUCAUGGUACCAGCCGGAGAAAGAGGGCAAUCUCGCGCUCCCGAAGCUACCUUCCGUCGCAGAAACCGUAUCGAAGCUUGAUCCCUCGCCGCCGAACCUUCGCUGCAAGAAUUGCAAUGGCAGGCUCCUCCGUGGCUUGCAGUCCUUUAUGUGCGUCUUUUGCGGCACAAAUCCUCACGAAGAUCUUCCUCCUGAUCUCAUCAAAUUCAAAAACUCAAUCGGCUAUCGAUGGUUACUCGAGUCACUUCACCUCGAUGGAUCGGAGAUGGUUGCACCAACGUUGGAUGAAAAUGCAUUAAACAGAGGGAGGAGUGAAUCAAAAGAUGAGAUUCCCUUAUCUGAACUACUAGAUUUAGAAAUUAGAUGGCCCUCUGAGGCUGAGAGAACACUGUCGAAUAAUUCAGAUUCAACAGCAUCUCCGGGGAAGAGUUCAUUGAAUUUAGCCGGUGUGGACCUUGAUAGUUUUUUUGAUCGGAGGGACUCUGACUCGGAUAUUUCUGAACAGAAGUUGACCUCUAGAAUAGAAGUGGGUGCUGCUUCAGAUAAUACAUUAAAGGCUAAUAAGAAUCUCAGUCAAGCUUGGGAAGCUGCUACAGGGUCUACAGAAGAUCAGAGUGGUGAUUCCUUUUCAGGUUGGGAGGCCGACUUUAAGUCUGCUAGUUCUGGUCCUGUUCAUGAAGGGUCUCAGUCAGAUCAUUCUAAAGUUGAAUCUCAUUCAGUAUCUGGAAACUGGGAUGGUUCUGUUGGUGUAAAGAAGAACAAUGAUAUCAAUCCCUCAGCAUCCACUAAAAAUGAUGGGUAUCAGGGUGAUGAAUGGAGAACUUCAAACUCUGAGUUACAUAACCAGUCUGGAAAAUCAGAAUCAGGCAUGAAUCUUAAUCAGACAAAACUGCCAGAAACUGCUAAUGGUUCUUCUACUAGAAAUUUCGACUGGAUGCAAGAUGACCAAUGGGAAGGGAAUGAUAACAAGACACCUGACACAGUUGGUAAUAAUGAAGCAGAUGAUUCAUUUGAUACAUGGAAUGAUUUUACUGGCUCAGUUAGUACACGAGAUCCUUCUAGUAUUGUUUCUGCUGAACUAAAUGAUACAAAAGCAACAGAGAGUGCUACUAGUUCUUUUAACAGGGAUCUUGACUGGGUGCAAGAUAACAAUAACAAUGCAAUUGAUAACAUCAGUACUAAUGAAGCUGCUGAUUCAUUUGAUGCAUGGAAUGAUUUCACUGGUUCAGCCAAUGCACAAUAUUCUUCCACUAGUGUUUCCAUCUCUGAGAUAACUGGCCAGACUGGGAUCCUUGGAUUUACGAAAGAUCCUAAUGAUACAAAAACAGCAGAAAGUGCUACUGGUUCAUCUAGUAAUUUUGACUGGAUGCGAGAUGAGACCUGGAAAGGAAGCAAUAACAAGGGAAUUGGUAUUGUAACUUCCAAUGAAAGUAUUGAUUCAUUUGAUGCUUGGAAUGAUUUUACGGGCUCAGCCAUUUCACAAAAUCCUUCCAGUAGUGUUUCCAACUAUCAGAUAACUGGUCAGGCUGUGAAGUCCGAAAUUAGUCCUGAUCUUAAUGAUACAAAAACGGGAAACGGUGCUGAUGCUUCUUCAGCUAAAAGUUUCGACUGGAUGGAAGACGGCCAAUGGCAAUUUAGCGUGAACAAAGCAACUGAUACCGUGACUACCAAUGAUAUUGCUGAUUCCUUUGAUGUUUGGAAUGGCUUUACUAGCUGGACCAGUACACAAGAUCCUUCUGACAAUAUUUAUGAACAAACUGAAAGUCAAACUUCUGCUGAAAAGAGAUCUGAAACAGAUUUAUUCAGCUCAUCAAACAACUUGCAUGAUAUGGAUUUCAGCGGGUUUUCACAGCAUGAUUUACUUUUUGGGCAGUUUGAUAAUCCAUUGACAUCACUUCCCGCAACCAAUGUACAGCCUGCUGCUGCUUCUUCAAACAGGGUGGCUGAUUUGGAUAGCACAAGAGUAAACUCGGGAGAUGUUUCCUCUGCAGAAGUAGGGUCAAAAGAUGUAGAGAUGUUGAUGUCACAGAUGCAUGAUCUCUCCUUUAUGCUUGAGAGCAAUUUUUCAGCUCUCCCAAAAUAAGAUGGGCCGUUGUUAUUUUCUCUUAAUUCAUUUCCCGUUAUUCUUCAUCGAUAUCAAGAUUAAUCUUGUAAUCUGUAGCAUAGGCUCUUCUAAUUUGUCUCUGUCGAAUGAAUGGGUGGGGUAUAUGAUAUGCCUUCAUUUACAGUUUUAAUUCCACUGCUCCUUAAAUCUUAUUUUUUUUUUUUGGGUGGGGGUUUAAUCCCUAAAUGAGUUUUCGAUUGUAAGUCAGGCAUGUUCACAUUGUGUUGUUGUGGUAUGUAACUAUUUUAGAAAUUUUCCUAAUGUUUUAAUUAAGCUAAGCCAUGUGUUUGUAUCGAUC